UUGAUUCUCUCUCAUUCAAUUAUUUUAGUCACAGUAGUGAUGCCCUAGCUUCAUUUUAUCACAUGCUUCAUAUGAACCCACUGCCUUGUAUAGGAAAAUUUAAUGAACUCCUCAAUGCACUUGUUGGAAUGAAACAUUUUGAGGCUGUAGUUUCUUUGGCGAAACUGAUCGAGUUUAAUCGAAUUCGAUAUGAUAAUUAUACGUUCAAUAUUUUGAUUAAUUGCUUCUGCAAUUUGUAUUGUGUCGAUUACGGGUUCUCUAUGUUAGGCAAAGUAAUUAAACUUGGAUAUGAGCUUGAUGUUAUUAUGUUUACUACUUUGAUGACUAGUCUUUGUAGAGAAGGUAAGAUUGCUCAAGCCGUUGAAUUGUUGGAUCGAAUAGUAGAUGAGGGUUAUCAACCGAAUGUUUAUACGUAUAGUGUAAUUAUCAAUGGUCUUUGUAAAUUUAGAAAAAUGGCCGAGGCCACUAGUUUGUUCAAGAAAAUGGCUGAAAACGGCUGUGAGCCUAAUGUUGUAGCGUACACCACUAUCAUCGACAGCCUUUUGUAAAAAUGGUUUUAUUUCUGAGGCAUUAGACUUGUUCUCGGAGAUGAGGAGAAAGGGAAUAUUGCCUGAUGCUUUCACUUACAACUCUUUAAUUCAUGGUAUUUACAGUGCAGACCGAUGGAUGAAGCUUCGUCUUUACUUGAUGAAAUGCUGAAUAGGGACAUCGCCCUAGAUAUAGUUACAUUCAAUGUAUUAGUAGGUGUACAUUCUAAGAAAGGAAUGGUUUCAGAGGCUCAUAGUUUAGUUGAAUUGAUGAUUGAGAGGGGAAUAGAUCCUAACGUCGUCACCUAUAAUUCAUUGUUAAAUGCAUACUCUUUGCGGAACCAAAUAAGUGAAGCUACAAAUGUAUUUGAUAUAAUGGUAACUAAAGGUUGUAUACCUGAUGUUUAUACUUAUACUAUAUUGAUAAAGUUGUAUUGUAAGAGCAAAAGGAUAGUUGAGGCAAAACAAUUUUUUGACGAAAUGCGUUAUAAAGGUAUACUGCCUAAUGUUGUUACUUGUAGUUCUCUUCUACAAGGAAUUUGUCAAGUUGAGGGUCCUCGGGCUGCCCGAGCUUUUUUCAAGAAGUUAGAUGCUAGUAACUGUCCUCUAAAUAUUGUGAGUUACUCAAUUUUGUUGGAUGGCUUCUGCAGACAUGGGCUUCUUGAUGCGGCCAUGAAUGUGUUUUAUGAAAUGAAAAAAAGUACGUCGAAGCCUGGUUGUUGUACCUAUAAUAUCUUAAGUAAUGGCAUGUGCAAGGCCGGUAAGCUUAAAGGUGCAAUGGAAUUGUUUUCAGAACUUUCUAUUGAAGGAAUGCAGCCUAAUGUGCGAUCAUAUACUAUACUAGUCAAGGGUCUUUGCAAAGGAGGUUUACUAGAUGAGGCACACCAGGUCUUUAGAAUGAUGGAAAAAGAAGGACAGUUACCGGACAAUUGCUCUUACAAUGUAAUUAUUCGGGGAUUUCUCCGGCACAAGAAUCUGUCAAGGGCAACAGAACUUAUUCAUGAAAUGUUUGAUAAAGGGUUGUUUCUUUUGUGGACGAUUAAUGUGCCGAUUUUGAUGGCAACUUGUCUUGAUACUGGAGGACCAGUGAAACCUUCCCUUUAUGUUUCAAAAAGUUCCAAACCACGGGAACAACUGCCAUCGGGUACGAUAUCCGUUGGUGUUAAGGGUAAUUUUUCUAAAAGCAAGGCAAAGUUGUUUGGUUGUUUAGUGGCAAAGAUAAUCCGAGGAAAACGAGCCAUCGGUGGAAGAUGCUCUAAAUCAGCAGAUUAAAAAAACAAGAAUUUUAUGAUGGGGGCAGUGUGAAAAAUCCACCUCGUGAUGGCAGCGGCAGCGGUUGGGAUGGCUCUGGAGGAUCUGAAGAUGGAUGACUUGCACGAAUUAUGGAUGAAACUCUUCAAGUAGUCUUAGCUACCAUCGAAGCCAUCUUUCUGUGCAGUUUUUGAUAGAUAAUGCUAAAAACAGAACUUAUGACACACAUACAGAAAGAGGAUAGACCUACCAAAGGAAUUGCAAUUGCAAAGAAGAUUAAGACCGCCGGUGUAAUAAUAUUACGGGUAUUCAAUUGCAAGAACAUGAGUGCCGAGUUGCAGUUGAAGAUGUUACGUAAUUUUGUGAGAUUAGAGCUCCUUUGCUUUAUAGAUGCAUCUAAAGCUUAAUUCGUUAAGUUGAAAUUCCAUCAAUUUUGCACUUAAGUUGAUGACUCUAAGAAUAGUUUUCUGUGGAAUUUUUUGCUUUACACUCUUCUCCGGUAAAAACUGAGCGUUCUGUUUACAUAAGAAGGAUAUGCAAUCUGUUUAGUCUGGUCUUGGGGUUUUGAAGCUAUGUAAAUGGUGUUCUGAUGCUAGAACUAUGCAGAAGUUUGCAAAUCUGACUAGUUUACUUUGCUGUGAACUGGUAUUUCAAAUCAUGCUAAUUUUGAGUUAACAAA